AUGGGUGGAUUUCAACUGGUUUAUCCCCAAGUUCGAAUCCCAAUCGAUGAGCGUCUAGAGAACAUUGAAAGGAAACAGAAGAAGUUAGAAAUAAAACUCAAUAAAAGCCUAAAGGGCCCAACCAAAUUAGAGAUGAAAGAAGUCAUGGACCAGAUUACAGUAGACCGAACAAAGUACGACGAACUCCUGGAAGAGUUAGAGCUCCUGAAACAAAAGCUCCGGGACAAGGAGGAAGAGAUCGAGCGUCUUCAACUGGAUCAGGCCGAGGAGAAGUCGAGGCUGACACAGGAAAUUCAGAUGUUGAGGGACGAGCUAGAGGCUAAAACUAUGACGUUAGAGAAGCUCGAGACAGAUGUUGGUUGUCUGAUAGCCAGAGAGAAAAGAAUGUCCAAAGAAAUCGCGAACAUUCAACAAAAUCUGCAGAAGCUACUGUUUAAUAAUAAUAAUAAGGACAGCCCACGUCGGCCAGUGGUCAAGAAAUACAGAGGCAGACUUCAAGACUGGAAACCGUGACGUCAUCAGCUGGUUAACUAACUCUUACAUUACUGUAAAAUAUGCUGCGAUAUUCACUUAAUUAAAAUACACAAUUUGUAAUCAUAUUUA